ACGUGCCGCUCCGGCCCUGCCCAUCCUGCGAUGCACCGCCGCUGUCUGCCCCGCAGUCCCUCUCCCUCACAGAGAAAACAAUAUCCCCACACGUCAAGGACUAGCUGCUGCUCGCCACCAGCUCCGGUCUAUCUACCGCGCUUACACAUGCUUUUUACCGAAAACAGGCCCAACGCCGACCGCCUGCGACAAGAUGUACCACUCUGACCACGGCGUCGACUUCCCCGACCUCUCCUUCCACAUCCCUGGCAGCCCUGCAGAGCUGGGCCCAGCGAACCGAGUGUGAACUCAACCGUCAACACAUCACACUUCUACCUUCCCCUUCACCCACACAGGGCCUCCCUCAGCUGCCGUAGCUCCAGUCCCGCCCUCCCUCCUCUUGAACCAUGGACAGCCCUCCUAAACUGUCUGGCGAGACCCUGAUUGUGCAUCACAUUCCCCUGGUGCACUGUCAGGUGUCAGGGGGGCGGCAGGGUGGCUGUGGGGGCUCGCUGAAGAGGAGCAACCCCUUCAGCCCGCCGGAGAACCUGGGCUUGAGUCGCACCACUUCCCUUCCCGAGAGAGACGUCCUCCAGAGAGAGGCUCUGCUCUACAGCAGCUUGAUCCAGACCUCCAGCGGCUCCUGGUCCUCCCACAACGGAGUAAGAGAGAGGAACGGCGGUGUGAGAGGAGGCAGCACAGCGAGCGAUGAUUCAUCAUUUACUUCGAGCAAUUCAGAGGACCAGCUGAUUACAGCUCACACUUUACCCAGAGCUAAACCGAGGAACAGGAAUCCGCUGCGUCGUAAUCCGUUCCUGCUCAACACCGAAGAUGACGAAGAAGAAGAGGAGGAGGAGGAGGAUGGCGACAACCUCAGCGGCUACCUUGAGGACUCCUCUUUUCACCUCCACAGUGACACUAACUCUGUCCUCAAUGACGGGAUGGCUCCUUUCCGCUUACAUGACCUUGGCUUUUCCUCUGAGCCCUUUCUUUUGCACAGCUCAGUGGGAGGAAGCAGCCGCGAAUCCCUGAGAGGCGUAGCUUCAGAUCUCUCCACCCACCUGGAAGACCUGGACAUCUUAGGUCUGGACAGCCAGCGACGCCACGGGAGCAGCGGUUCCAACAUGUCUAUGGACUGUGGCGAGCACGACUGGGGCGACGACGAUGAAGAAGAUGAAGAUCAUCCCAUGCGGUGCGGGCGAAGCAGUAAGACGGGCUCCUACUCGUCAACCUCCUCGACCCAGCACUGCUCCUGCUGCGUUCUAUCCCAGCACUACCCUCAGCACUUCCCUGAAGCCUUCUCUGAGCCUUUUUCAGAGUGCCAGCAAGGCUACGGCAGCGACUCCUCCUGCAACAGCUCAGACGGCGUGCUCGUCAACUUCAGCGCCAUUUACAACAAGAUGAACAACGGCGGACCGGAGAAGCCUCCGGUCUCUGGGCACACCAACCUCAACGGCUCCACCGACCACUCCUGCACCUCGUCUGUUUCCGAUCCACCUGGAAACCAGCGUGACUCAACAGGCGGGGCUUUCUAUUUAGACCUUCACACCUCCCCGACUGAACCUCCCCUCUCACAGCAGCUACCCUCCUGCCUCGGCAACGCCUUCCCUCUCAUCCGUGAGCCGCACCUGUCCACCUCCUCCACCUGCUCUUGCUCUGUGGAGCACCAGGGGGCUCUGGACCUCGACGCCAACUGCAACUCCUACCACCCUCCACAUUCUGGGUCAUCCGGAGACCUUGCUUCCUGUCUGCAGAGCCAGGCCCGCCUCGUCGUCGCCACACAGAACUAUUACAAGCUGGUCACCUGUGACCUUUCGUCCCAGUCGUCCCCGAGUCCCGCAGGCUCGUCGGUACACAGCUGCUCCGAUGAGCACAGCAAAGGCAGCCCCACCCCGACUCAGCCCAGCGAGUACUUCCUGUUCAGACAGCGAGCUGAUGAGGAGGGAGUGGAGGAAGAGGACGAAGAUGGAGCGUCAUCCAGGGGAGAUGAUAAUGAGGAUGACGAAGAGGAUGAGGAGGAGAAGAAGAGUCCGCAGGCAGCUCCUGGAGCUGAAGCUGCCUCUUCUGUGAUCGAGGGCCAGGUGUACGUCAACAUCUCCCCUCCUCUGGGUGGUCGGGGUGUCAUCGGAGGCGCGGCCCCCUCAGGAAGUCGCCCCCGUUCCCGCAGCUACGACCGCAACCUGGACAAGUCUCCGUCUCCUCGGCUCGGAUCUCUGGAGCGGAUGUUGAGCUGCCCCGUCCGGCUCAGCGAGGGCGCCGCCCCGACCCCGCCGCCUCCUCCGCGGGUCACCUCCUUCGCAGAGAUCGCCAGGAGUAAAAGAAGAAACGGAGGUGCGGGGGGGUCGCCGUCGAUGAAGGCGGCUACAGACCCUUUCUCCUCCACCUACUCCACCCACUCCCACUCCUCGGUGGAUUUCUCUCCGAUCCUGGAGGCCGACAGUCAAAGCCUGUCACCUGUCCCCUUCACCAGAUGUUACAGCCAAGGCAGCCUUGAACGACACCUGGAGGGGGCGAGGGAGACCCGGGCCAAGGCUGAAGGUGGUCUCUCCACCUCUUCAGACAGCCGGCCGGCAGUGGUCCGCUACAGCAGGGACCAGAGGCCCACCACUCUCCCCAUCCAGCCCUUCACCUUCCAACACCAGUUUGCCUCCAAACCUCCGCAGCCCAAGCCUCUGCUGCCCCUGCUCACAGGCUACGUCUCUGGGAUGCAGGCCCGCUCCAGUUCCGGCUCCGGUUCUGGCUCUGGCUCUGGAGGUCCGGUGGGGGAGGAGAGCGAGGAUGCAGCUGAAAAUGUGCACAGGUACCAGGGGGCUGUGGCUGCUGCGGCCCCUCCUCCCGGGUCAGUUCGUCCCUCGCCUCUCGGGAGCUACUCCCCGGUUCGUCUCCAGGGAGCGCCCAGCUCCGGGACCUGCUCCACCUGCACCCCCAGCCCUCAGCGGCCGCACAGCCUCUCCUGCCCGCUCUCGGCAGGCCUCGGCCCCCUGCACACCCCACCCUCAGUAAAACAGGGAGGGGGUUCAGCGCCGUUACCUCAGACCCCUCCACCUCCAUCCCUGGGCGUGAAGAGAGGGACGGUGCCGCCGAUGCUGCCGGCGGUGCAGGGACACUGUUUCCACCGCGGAGCUCUGUCCAGUUUACCAGCGCUCCACAGUGACACACUGAGCCCGCUGGGCUGUCUGGACUCUGGGAAGCACGGGGAGGGAAGCAAAGGAUCUGGAGCCAGGACACAUAAUGCACACCACCUCUCUCCUCAGGCCCUCAAAUGGAGGGAGUACCGUCGACGAAACCCACUCGGGGUGGAGAGGGUCUCUGGCGGCGGAUCAGGCAUCCUGUCUGGUAACGCAGAACCCCGAAGGGGCGGGGGAACACGACCUGCCAGACGCAACGUGUUCGAUUUCCCUUCAGCGCCCUCUAGCCUCACGCUGGGACGGCUUAAUGUGGGCCAGUCAGCUAAGCUGCAGCAGAGCUACAGCGACUUCCUGCCGGACUACUUCUCUCUGACCGAGAAGCCGCCGGAGGAGUUCUGCCUCUCCCCCGACGCCUCAACCUCCUCCUCCUCCUGCUCUUCCUCACAGUCCCACAUCUCUGUGGACCUGACACAGAAGAGAGCUUUGGUGAAGGCCGUGAACACAGCAGUGGAUCUGAUUGUGGCGCACUUCGGCACCAGUCGAGACCCAGAUGUAAAGGCUAAGCUGGGGAACAGCUGGGUGAGUCCCAACGUGGGUCACCUGAUCCUGAAGUACCUGUGCCCGGCCCUGCAUGAGGUGCUGCAGGACGGUCUGAAGGCCUACGUACUGGACCUGAUCAUCGGACAGAGGCGCUGUCAGCCCUGGAGCCUCGUGGAGGCCUCCACACAGCUGGGCCCGUCCACUCGUGUCCUCCACAGUCUGUUCUCAAAGGUGAGCCAGUACUCAGAGCUCACCAGCCACAGCAUGAGACUCAACGCCUUCAUCUUCGGCCUGCUCAACCUGAAAUCUUUGGAGUUCUGGUUCAAUCACCUCUACACACAUGAAGAUAUUAUAGCAGCACACUACAACCCGUGGGGUUUCCUUCCCCUGUCGCAGGGGGCAUGCCAGCCUCUCUUCGAGGAGCUCCUCCUCCUGCUGCAGCCGCUGUCGCUCCUCCCCUUCGACCUGGACCUGCUGUUCGAACCGCAUCUCCUCCAGAAGGGCCAGGAGCAUCUGCGUCGCAAGGAGCAGCUGUGCUCCGCGGGCCAGAGCGUCGACCAGUCGGCUCGCUCCACCUUCCAGCUCAUGAGAGGAUGGAGCACCACCGUGAGCGAAAUGGUCAGAGACUCGAGCGCCGAGGUGAAGAAGGAGAGGGCGGGGCUGAGGCGAGAGGGAACGUGGCCGAGGAUGGAGGGAGCCAAGUCGAGGAGAGAGGGAGCGGGGGUAAAGUCAAGGGGAACAACUGAAGGCACGACAGCUGGACCUGUUAGCAGACCGACGAUGAUGGAAGUAGGGUUGGCUAAUCUUUGGAAGGAGAGGGGGAUGGGGGAGCAGAGGGUGAAAGGUGUAGGGCAGGAGAGUCAAGAAGAUGGUGAGGAUGGACAAGAGAAGGACAGGGGGAAGAAAAAAGACAGGGAUCCAGCAGAUGAGGGGCGUCAGCGGCAGGACAGACAGUCUGGAUGGUGGUACCAGCUCAUGCAGUCCUCCCAGGUCUACAUCGACCAAUCCACAGAGGGGUCAAAGUUUGUCAAGACCGAGAAGAGGAAGAGGUCAUCGGAGAGACGACAGGCUCAACUACCGCCCACCAGGGAGGGAGUGGUGGAGGGGGCCGAGUCAAGCCAAGAAGGGGAGGGCAGCAUAAGCAGCAAAGGCAACAGUAGCUCCAGCGGGGAGUCAGCUGGAUCCAGGGGAAAGCCUUCGUGGAUGGGCAGCCCACCAGAGUCCGUCCUCAACCAGGAGAAGGAGACAAAACCUCUGGAGGGCGCAGGGACUGGAGCUCAGGCUGCAGCCCAGGAGGAGAGCCCCUCACAGGGACAGAGUUUGCGUUGGGGCAGGCUCUUUGGAUCUAGUCUGGGUUCUCCCUCCAGACCAGAGGGAGCUGAACAGAGGGCAAAAGGUCAAAAGACCAGACCCCCAUCAGGUUGGCUCAGUCUGGACAGGUCUGUUCUCGACCUCGUAGCUCAGACCAUCGGAGCAGGGAGCGGGAAGAAGCCAGAGUCUCCGGCCACUCUCGCUCAGACCCAGAACACACCCCCACCAACGUCAACCAAACCAACUGAAGCCAAACGACAGUCUCCAUGUGAGGUGCGAGCGUUGUGCCACCACAUAGCCACUGAGCCCGGCCAGCUGAGCUUCAACAAGGGCGACGUCCUGCGGGUCCUGAGCAAGGCCGAUCCGGACUGGCUGCUCUGCUCCCUGGGCUCCACGCAGGGCUUAGUUCCCAUCAUCUACGUCACCCUCAACAGCAUGGAGGAGAGCCAGGACGCCACCGGACUCCGGCAGUGCUGAAGCUGAAGCUGAAGCUGAGUGGAAAUGAAGCGAAAAAGAUGAAGGCGAACAGCUCUGGAGACGGAGGCUUUCUCUGCCACACACCUACUGAAAACAAAACAUCAGUUUUUUUCUUUGUUUUUUUUUUUUUUUGCUGCUGUUAAAUUGGGAAUAACUGUGUUCCUGAAAAAUAAACAAUGUAGAAAAUAUGAAGAUUAUGAAGACAAUGUACAGACACAUGCAAGGGAAGCAUGCAGGCUCAAACACAUCUACUUCAAGGGUACAUCCAGACCAGUAUGCAUGCAUACAUCCAAAAAAAACCAAAAGACCAGAAACGAGAAACCCAAAGACUCUCAAACACACGCUUCUUUCUCUGCGUGAAGCUGUGCUACUAGCUUAACUACGUGACUGUCCAGUCUGCAAAUAUCAUCCAUCUCUACUUUCCACAAAACAAGGAGGGGCUACACACAGACGGUAAUCCUCACUAUAUGAUAUUCUCUAUACCAUGCCUAGCUGCACUUUGCUGUACUGUCUGUUCACCUCUGAACACAGUUGUACCUCCCAGUCGUCAGACAGGUUGGUUUGGUGUCCUGUUGCUUACUUAGUGCCGACUGAUCUUUUUAAUUCGUGUAGAAGCCGGUGAAUCCUUUGCUUUUCUUUGGUAAGAUUUAAGGUGGUUGAUGUAAAAGCAACAAAAAACAAAACAUCUUGCUCCACCUCUUCUCCAGCUGCAGAGGUGUGAUAGUGUUUAGAUGGAGGCAGGAAGGCGAGUUUAAAUCUUCCUCCCGUUCCCCACCUGUCUUAUUUGAUCACUGCUCAUCAAACCCUGUUUCUUUAAGAAGGGAUGGAUGGACUGACAAACAAAUGGACUGUUCCUCCUCUCUGCUCACAGGUCCCACCACAGCUGGGAUGAAUCAGUGGCUGAUAUUGUUUGAGUGCAUGUAACCUUGCAAAAAAAAAAAAAAAAAAAAAAAGUUGUCUUUUCCCCCCUUUGUCUUAUACAGUCCUGUUCCACCUGCCACAUCCUGAACCUUUCACCGCUUAUGAGGAGGACACGGUCGAGCGAGUGGCCACAGUCUGAGCUGUACAUGUGCGUUUGAUCUAUUGGUACAUACUGUAACAUACAUAUAUGACUUACACAUGUGGUGAGUUCUAUUUAUUUACUGAUCUGCUGAAUUAGCGAGGAGGCGUCUUAAUGGGCGGCUGCAGAACACAGGGAAGGAUGUCCAAUGAAAGCAAAACGUAGCUGUGGAGAUGUCUUUUGAAUGUGUUGGGGAUUUACCCCCAGUUUGGAAAUUCUUCAGAAGUGACUGCUAAUUAGUUUUGCAUUUAGAAAGGGGUCGAUGAUCUCGUCUAUGCCUUAAAGCGCUUGAGACACUUCGAGGCUUCGUGACCUAAUAUUUGCCCUGACGUUACAGUAUAUUUUGUAUACGCUGUUCCCCCAGAUUUAUGUCUACAGAGAUUCUUGUUGACGUCAAAGACGAGUAUAGUGAAGAUAAAAGAGAUCUAUGGUGAUAUUUUUUGAUGCUUUAAGGGAAACCCCAACACAUUUUGUGAUGGAGGCUUUAUGGGCAUUCUUGUGUUAGCACGUACACGCUACCUGUCAUGGUGUAAAAUGUGGCCUUAGGUUCAAAACGAGUUCACAAAGAAGUUAAAAGUUACAGUACAGUAUACCUGGAUAGAUGCUGAGUGCAAACAGAUGCCCCAUCCAAAUAUGACACUCUAUAAAAUGGUAAAAUCAAAAUGUACAUUUAUUAAAUAAAUGAAUGCUUGUGUAGUUUUUGAAAAACUUACAUAGGAUAUAAUUUUACCAUUUUCUUUUUGUUGCAUUAUUGUACAGUUUUUAUUUUUAUGUAUGAUUUUUAACAUUGAGUUCCACCAAAUCGAUUAAUAUUUCAUUCUCAUUGAACUGUAAAUAUAUUUAAAUCCUUCAGUGAUUAAUUUCUGCCAUAGAUCUAUAUGUAUAAAUGUUAUUAAUGCAUUUUAUGUUAAAUACAGGAAGCAAGCAUAAGCUUUAGUUUCAGUGCUAACAACCUGCUGACUAUAAUACGAGUUGCCCGUGGUAGUGGAAGCUAUGAUUUUCAGUCCUCCAGGCAGUUUGGUGUUCCUCUUCAGAUUUCACAUGGGACAGAAGGAAAUAAACACAUCGGAGUGAUUAAACCAGAGAGACGAGGAGGCUCAGGGGUAAGAGGCAAAGACGGAUUCGCUUUUGAUUUGGUGUUUGACGAGCUGAGAUGUGCUUUAAAAUGUUUAGGAGUGAUGUAAAAGAGAGAGAGAGGGAGAGAAAGGAAGAGGUCUUGAGCCUUCUCUCUUUCUCUCGUCUGUUUUCUCUCUCUCUCCCUGGCUGCCUCCUUCUGCCUGUAAAUACCUUCAGCAUCAGUGACACUGCUCUUCUCUCUGUGUCCAGGCUAUAUGAUGUGUACGUAUGACAUUAUCAAACUACUAUGGAUGUUAAAUAACAAAGUGCUCAUGUGAUCACAGA